CUUGCCCUGAAUUCGUUACUCUACUCUCCAAUUCACUUGCACACGUUCGAACCCAAGUAUACGACAGGGUAAACAAUCAGACCAAAAAAUGGCGACUGCAGAGCCGAUCGCCAUCGUGGGUAGUGGUUGCAGGUUCCCUGGAGGAGUGUCAUCUCCGUCCGGCCUCUGGUCCCUCCUCAAGGAUCCGCGGCACGUCGGCUCCAAGGUACCCUCUGAUCGCUUCAACAUUGACGCCUUCUACCACACCGACAGCGGACAUCACGGCACCACAAAUGUCCAAGAGUCUUACUUCCUGGACGACGAUAUCCACCGUUUUGAUGCCCCCUUCUUCAACAUCUCCGCUCGCGAGGCAGAGGGCAUAGACCCCCAACAACGCAUCCUCCUGGAGACCGUCUAUGAAGCCGUCGAGAGAGCCGGGAUGAGGCCCACGACCCUUCAGGGAUCAUCAACCGGCGUGUUCUGCGGCGUCAUGUGUGACGAUUAUGCCCAGAUCCUUGCCCGGGACACCGACCAGCUGCCACAAUACGCCUCCACUGGGAUUGCCCGCAACAACGUCUCCAACCGAAUCUCAUACUUCUUCGACUGGCACGGCCCCUCAAUGACCAUCGACACUGCCUGCUCUUCCAGCCUAGUUGCCGUGCACCUGGCUGUUCGGGCCAUUCGCGAAGGAAGCUGCAGCGUAGCAGUGGCCUGCGGCACGAAUCUGAUCCUCUCCCCGAUCUUCUACAUGUCUGCCUCCCGGCUCAACAUGCUCUCGCCGACAGGCCGCAGUCGCAUGUGGGACGCGAGUGCCGACGGCUACGCUCGGGGAGAGGGCGUGGCGUCGGUUGUUCUCAAGAGGCUAUCGGACGCUAUUGCCGACGGCGAUGUCAUCGAGUGCGUCAUCCGAGAGACCAACGUCAAUCAAGACGGCCGUACGAUGGGCAUCACCAUGCCCUCCAGCGUGGCGCAGGCCCAGCUGAUUCGAUCCACUUAUUCCAAGGCUGGCCUGCGGCUGGACCGCGCCGAGGAUCGCUGCCAGUACUUUGAGGCUCACGGGACGGGCACGCAGGCGGGUGACCCGCAGGAGGCCGGGGCCAUUGCCGAGGCAUUCUUCCCCGGCGAGGGCGGAGACGACACUAGGGAGCUCCUAGUUGGCUCUGUCAAGACCGUCAUCGGCCAUACCGAAGGGACGGCGGGACUCGCGGGGCUCCUCAAGGCCUCCCUGUGUAUCCAGCAUGGAAUCAUUGUGCCAAACCUCCACUUCAACACCCUCAGCCCCAAGGUUGAGCCUUUCUAUUCCCACCUGCGAAUUCCCACCACCGUCCAGCCCUGGCCGCAUCUCCCUCCCGGUGUCCCACGGAGGGCAUCGGUCAAUUCCUUCGGCUUUGGCGGCACGAACGCCCAUGUCAUCCUGGAGAACUACGAGCCUCCUCCGGUGUACCUGAACGGGACUCGGGCAGUUCCGACAGUACCGAUUCCCCUCCCUUUCGUCUUCUCGGCCUCCUCCGACCGGACCCUCGGCGCCGUUCUCGACUCCUACAGCAAAUAUCUCGACUCCGAGGCCCCGAGUGACCACAUCAGUCUCUCCGAGUCCCUCUGCACGCGACGCGACGACCUGGCGCACAAGGUCGUCCUCACCGCGUCAUCCGUCGACGGCCUCAAGGCAGCCCUCACCCUCGAGCUCGAGCGCCGCGGCAGCGGGAACUCCUCGGCCAUGGUCCGCCGGCCCGGCGGCGGUGCCGCCCGGAAGCUGGGCAUCUUCACCGGCCAGGGCGCGCAGUGGCCGCGCAUGGGCCGCGACCUCAUCUCCGCGUCCCCGGCGGCAAGAGCAUGGAUCGACGAGCUGCAGCGCUCGCUCGACGAGCUUCCACCGCAGUACCGCCCGCCAUACUCCCUCAUGCAGGAGCUCGCCGCGCCGCCCGAGGACUCGCGGCUCGGCCAGGCGGCCGUCUCGCAGCCUCUGUGCACAGCCGUGCAGAUCGUCCUCGUCCGGCUCCUGGAAACCGUGGGCGUCACCUUCGAUGCCGUUGUGGGCCACUCGUCCGGCGAGAUCGCGGCCGCGUAUGCGGCGGGCCUCGUCUCCGCCGCGGAUGCCAUCCGCAUCGCCCACCUUCGGGGCAUGUUCGCUAAGCUUGCGGGCGCGAACUCUAGCCCCGGCGCUAUGCUGGCGGCUGGUUUGUCGGAGGUUGAGGCGACCGGGCUGUGCGGGGAAGAUAGGUUCCGCGGCCGUGUUGCUGUCGCGGCUGUUAACUCCCCGCUGAGUGUGACGCUGUCGGGUGAUGCUGAUGGGAUCACUGAGGUGGCGGAGGUUCUGAGCGGGCAGGGCAAGUUUGCACGGCUCCUCAAGGUCGACACGGCGUAUCAUUCGCAUCACAUGGUUCCGUGCUCCAAUGCCUACAUCGCUGCACUGAAGGAGGUCGGGAUCCAGUCGGGAGACCGGCCGUCGGCGACGUGGUUCUCCAGCGUCUAUCCCGGACAGGUGAUGGGUGAUUCCUGCACGGCGCCCCUCAGAGAUGUGUACUGGAACGACAACAUGCUCAAGUCUGUUCUCUUCUCUCAGUCGGUGACGGCAGCGAUCACAAGCGCCUCGUUCGACAUUAUGAUUGAGGUCGGGCCACAUCCGACUUUGAAAGGUCCCGUAAUGCAGACAAUUUCCGAAAUCCCGGGCGCCAGAACCGAUGUGCCAUAUCUGGGGCUCCUCAGGCGUGGGAUUGGUGGUCUUGAUACCUUUGCCGCCGCCCUUGGAUCUCUCUGGACUUACAUGGGCCCCGAAUCCUGCAAGCUGGCGUCGUACACGAGACUUUUCUGCACCCCGAGGGACACCAGCCCUCUGAAAAGCAUGCCGACAUAUCCGUUUAAUCACACCCAGGCCUACUCGGCCGAGUCUCGGCUCUCCAAAGCGAUGGCCCAUCGGAAAACAAUCCCCAACCAACUCCUCGGAACCCAGAGUGCGGAGGCUGCGGAUGGUGAGUGGCGCUGGCGAAAUUACCUGCGACGGGAAGAGAUUGAGUGGCUUGACGGGCACCAGAUCGAGUCGCAGACCGUCUUCCCCGCCACCGGCUACGUUGCCAUGGCCCUGGAGGCGGCUUCUGUCAUCUCCGGAGGCAAACUUAUCCGCCUCAUCGAGAUCUGCGACUUCCACGUCGCCCACGCCAUAUCCUUUGACGAGAAUUCAUUCGGCAUCGAGACCCUGUUCAAGCUCGAAGGAGUCGACAUCCAAGCAGAGGAGUCAAGAAUGUCCGCCUCGUUUUCGUGCCACGCCGCGUUCGGCGCGACGCUGCGCCGUUGUGCGUACGGUAAGAUGGACAUCACCUUCGGAGACCAGGAACCAUCUCUGCUUCCGGGACGGGGUUCUUUGCCACAGGGUCUCAACUCCAUCGGUGUCGACAAUUUCUAUUCGUAUCUCAGCGACAUUGGCUACGGAUACACGGGCCUGUUCCGCGGGAUAACCGCCAUCGGCAGGAAGAAAGACGUGGCGAGCGGCCGGAUGAUGAAUGCAUCGCUGCAGGACACGGCGUCGUCACUGGUGAUGCACCCGGCCACGAUGGACACCCUCCUCCAGACUAUCCUCGGCGCCAUCGGCGCACCUCACGACGGCAGGCUGUAUACCCUCUGCGUCCCGACCAUGAUCGCCAGGAUCACUGUCAACCCCCUUUUCGGCGGCAGGGCCGGGAUGGGCGAGGAGAUCGCCUUCGACGCGAGGCUGACCGACUACGGCCCCGGUGCUAUCGCGGGCGAUGCGGCGCUCUUCGACCUCGACGGCAACUGCGUGCUGCAGAUGGAAGGCGUCAAGGUAUCUCCCCUGUCAACCCCGACGGCUGCCGAUGACCGCCUGCUGUUCUCCGAGACGGCCUGGGGCCCGCUCCAUCCUGAUGCUUCCCUCCACUAUUCGGAGCCGUCUCCCGAGUUGUGCGCGGCGGCCAAGUUGAAAGAGAAGGUUGUGCUCUUGUACAUGAAGCAGAUCAGGGAGACACUUACGGAGGAUGAUGUCGCGGUGCUCGACUGGCACGGCAAGCGAAUCGUGAGCUGGUUCGAUCAUGUACUUGGCAUGACGCGGGCAGGGAGACACCCUACGUGCAAACCCGGUUGGCUGGAUAGUACCAUUGCCGAGGUUGUGGGCAAGUUGGACGUUUCCACAGUCGACAUGGAAGCUGUGCGUGGCAUUGGGGAGAGCAUGGUGCCCUUCCUCCGGGGCGGAACGACGAUAUUGGAGGUGCUGAGGGAACGCAACAUCCUGAACCGGCUGUACAAGGAGUUCACCGACACGACCAUCGUCGGCCAGAUGGCGGCCGUGGCAGACCAGCUCGCCUUCCGCUACCCCCGCAUGAAGAUCCUAGAGAUCGGCGCCGGAACCGGGUCCGCCACGGGGGCGAUCCUGGACCGCAUUGGCCGGGCUUACUACUCGUACACGUUUACCGAUAUCUCCCCGGGCUUCUUCGACGACGCCCAGCAGCUCUUCGAAGACCACUCUGACCGGUUCAUAUACAAGGUUCUCGACAUCGAGAAGAACCCCGUGGACCAGGGAUUCGACGAGCACUCGUACGACCUCAUCGUGGCGGCCAAUGUUCUGCACGCUACGAGAUCGUUGCAGGAGACCUUGGUCCGCACCCGAUCGCUGCUGAAGCCCGGUGGUUCCUUGCUUCUCCUGGAGGGGACAAACAUCGACGUCCUCCUCGGCUCCUUCAUCUUCUCCGGCUUUGAGAGCUGGUGGCUCGGCGAGGCAGAGGGCCGCGUCUGGGGACCCAUGGUCACCGGUGAUACCUGGGACAAGAUGCUGAAGACUGCAGGGUUCUCCGGGGUGGACACUAUCACUCCGGACCACGACAAAGGAUUGCGCCCGUUUUCUGUUGUCUUGUCGCAGGCUGUGGAUGACGGGGUGGAGUUACUUCGAGAUCCGUUCACGCCAGGCCGGGCGGUGUCUCACCGUGGAAACUUGUACAUCGUCGGAGGGGCGACGCCGUGGACUUCGAUACUCGUGACCAAGUUGGAGGCGAUCUUGUCGCAAUUUUUUGAACGAAUCAUCAAAUCACCAACCCUCGAGUCACGGGAGCUUCUCGACUUGGCCCCGGUGUCGACGGUUCUCAAUCUGACCGACCUGGACGGGCCCUGCUUCAAGGACAUCAAUGAGGCGCAAUUCAACGCACUCAAGGCUCUCCUCGAGACCAGCCAGAACCUCCUCUGGGUCACCACCGGCCCGGAGAGCGACAACCCCUACGACGGCAUGAGCAAAGGCUUGCUUGCGUGUGCCGGCUACGAGAACCCGCACUCGCGAUACCAGCACCUGAAUCUCGUCGAUGUCGAUCCCGACGCCGUCGACGCCCACUUCGUCGCUGCACAGCUGCUGCGCAUGGAGGCCGCCGCCGAUUCGGACAAUGACUACGACCUACCCUCUCGUGUCUGGACCACCGAGCCGGAGCUGCGCCUCGAGGGCGGGAGGUUGUGGAUUUCUCGCAUUAAGAACGACCCCUCCAUGAAUAUGCGGUACAUGUCCGGCAGGCGGUCUAUUGAGGAGGAGGUCGAUCUGCGGGAGUCGAGCAUCGCGAUAUCGGAGUCCGGGGAGCUGGUCAGAGCUGCUAGACAAGCACCUUGGGAAUCUACCCCGGCUGGGGUUUCUAUCCGGGUCAGAUACUCUACCUCGGUCCCGUUUAGAUUUGACGGAGCCGGAUUGCUAUACCUCGUCAUCGGAGUCGGCCAGGGAAAGACGCAGGGUCGUUUCCUUGCCCUGUGUGAGAGCCAAGAGUCCGUUAUCUCAACGCCCCCAGUCUGGUGUUGGCCAGUGCCUGAGCAGGUCACUGGAGAGAAUGAGGCUGCGUACCUGUACGGGACGGCGUCUGCGCUGCUCGCCGCAAAUCUGGUCAACAUGGCGAGUCCGAAGACCGCCAUCCUCGUCCAUGAGGCCGACCACACCCUUCGGUCGGCCAUAUCGGCCUUUGCCUCGGCGGCCGGCAUCAAGCCGCUGUUCACAACAAGCAAGUCUCAGCCAGCAUUGCAGAAGAGCACGAAUACGAUAUUCAUCCACGAGAUGAGCUCCGCUCGUGCGCUUGCCGAUCUGCUGCCGGUGACCAACGUGUCUGUCGCCGUGCGAUUUGACACCGGCUCAUCCAAGUCAUGCGGUGGUGUUUGGAAUCGCCUAGAUGCGCUUCUUCCGCCACACGUCCGCCGGGAGAGCCUUCAGAGUCUCCAUUGCCACACUUCUGCCGUUCACGCAUCUUGCGGCGUCACCCGGACCACGGCGUCCCUGGAGGGUGCGCGUCGUCAGGCACUUGGGUCGAGCACAGGGGGUCUGACGGCAGCAAAUAUUGUUGACGUGCAGGCGCUGGUCGGGAGUCAUGGACUGAGAAUUGUCGACUGGACCGGAACACAGAAGGUCAGAGUCCCGGUCCAACCGGCAAGCAACCUCGUCAGCUUGUCCCCCAAUAAGACAUACUUGCUCGUCGGAAUGACCGGGGAUCUCGGGCGGUCGGUGUGUCAGUGGAUGAUUGGGAGAGGGGCCCGCCACGUCGUUCUCACCAGCCGGAAACCCAAGGUGGAGGGGUGGUGGAUCGAGGAGAUGGCAAGACUGGGCGGCCAAGUUACCGCGAUGCCCAUGGACGUCACCGAUCCAGAGUCGGUCCUCAAGGUCGACCGCAUCAUCCGCAAGGAACUCCCUCCCAUUGGCGGCGUCGUCAACGGCGCCAUGAUCCUAGCAGACCAGCUCUUCUCCAAAAUGACCCUCGAAGACUGGCAGAGGACAACCAGGCCCAAGGUCGAGGGCAGCAUCCUCCUAAACGAGCUCUACGCCGACAAGGACCUCGACUUCUUCAUCCUGAUGGGCUCCAUCUCGGGCCCGCUAGGCAACCGAUCGCAGUCCUCCUACGCCGCCGCCAACACCUUCAUGUCGGGCAUCAUCCGCUGGCGCCGCGACCGCAACCUGGCCGGCAGCAUCGUCAACCCGGGCCAGAUCCUCGGCGUCGGCUACGUGUCCAACGCAGACGACUGGCUGCUGCGCCACCUCGACGACGCCAUCGGCUGCUACCACAUGUCGGAGCACGACCUGCACGACCUCUUUGCCGAGGGCAUCCUCGCCGGCCGCCCCGGGACUGCUGGGCAUGCCCGCAGCCGCCGCAACCCGGACAUCAUCGCCGGGUUCCGCACCGCGUCGCCCGCCGCGAAGCCGGAUGUCAUCUGGUACCGCAACCCCAAGACCUGGCACUUUGUCGACCACCACGCCGACAACGCCUCGGGGGCGCCGGGCAAGACGGCGGCGGCGGCGCGCGUCCCCGUCAAGGAGCAGCUGGCGUCGGCGGCGACCGCCGACGCCGUCGCAGAGAUCGUCGCCGCCGGGUUCGUGGCUAAGCUGCGGAGCAAGCUCCAACUGCCCGAGGAGGCUGUCGUGGCCAGGGACGUGGCGCCGGCGGAGCUCGGGGUCGACUCGCUCAUUGCCGUGGACCUGCGCACGUGGUUUGUCAGGGAGGUGGGCGUCGAUGUCCCUGUGCUGAGGAUCCUGGGCGGCGCGUCGAUUGGCCAGAUUGCGGGUGAGGUGGCGGCCAAGGUGUGUCUCGCGCUGCCACGGUUUGCGGGGGGGGAUGCUACGGUGGUGGUUGGGAAUGGGGUCGGGAAUGGGGUCCGGAAUGGGUCCGGGAAUGGGGUCCGGAAUGGGUCCGGGAAUGGGCUGAAGAAUGGAAUCGGGAAGUAG